GUGAAUACGAGAGCAUACAGGUCUCUCUGUGUGUGGAACGGAGCCAUAUAUCGCCUUCAUUGUUUGCAGUAAUAUCGUCGACUACAGCAGUAGAAGAAGAAGUAGCAGCAGCAGCAACAACAGCAAUAGCAGUAGAACAGUACGAACGUGUGGCGUUGUAUGGAUAUAAACUCUUUGUAUAUCUGCGUGUAUGCGUUUGAUUUAGUUUCUGAAGCCCAAAGAGUUAUGGCAGUGGAAUAGAAAAUAAAUACAAAAUUUCUCGCAGUCGUCGUCAUCAUCAUCGUCGUUCAUCAGUUGGUUGUGUAUUUGCUUGUAUUCGCGGUGUGAAGUAGUAAAAAAAAUAUUGUUCAAAUAAAAAGUGAAAUAAGUUUCGAGAAAACCGAACCAUAGAUAAAACGUGUACGUGAACACAGAAACAAAAUUUUAAGUUGAAUGGAGAAAAACACAAUUCGCUCGAUAUUCUACUUCCAUCAGUGAACCAUCUGAUGGUCUCUUCGACUCAUUUCGACGAUUCUACACAUCUAAGUGUGAGCACUUCGUCACGCGUCCCGAAAAGGAUAGAAAAUUCAUCGCAAACCCAACAGUCAUCAGCAAAGUUUUUUGUGUGUGUGUUUCAAAAAAUACCAGUGUUAUUUCACGAUUGUGAUCAUCAUCAACGACAAAAUGAACAAGUUACAUAAUCAAAUUUAAAAAGCUGAAAACAUAAUAAAAAAAAAUACGUUGAAUUCCGUUUUUGUGUAUUUGGUCCAUCGCUUUUUUUUCUGUGCGACUCGAUCAUUGUGUUAUGUGAAUUUAUACGACCGAAAAAAUAACAAAAACAACAAUACGACAAACAAUUUACUCAGAAUCUAUUGUGUUCGUUACAAUUUGUGCUGCCAUCAGGGAGUUGAAAUUGCAUUAUAGUGUGAACUUGUCUGUCUCUCGUGCGUAUUAUUUUAAGUAAAUUGCGACGACUCUAGUUUUCAAACGGGUUUUCCAUGGAAACCAUCCGACAAAACUGAGCAACACAGGAAAUCGACAAAAGCAAAGAAAAUCGAAAAAAAAAAACAAUAUUCCGACUAGUGAGCGUUAAAAUCGAUUUUAUGUGCCGUGUUUUUCUAGCUGCCAAGCAUUCGAAUCAAAACACAACGUACAAAAUUUUAUUUUAGUUCUUAGUGUAGAACCCGACUUUUCCGAAGACAUCACAGCCAGUACAAGAUUAAGUGAUGCGUGAAAAAUUGACAUAGCACUUAUGACAAGCGGCUAGAAGAGUGCACAUUUUACAUUGCACUCACAAGGAUAUUGCACACACGUCGAAUACAUUUUUUUUGUUGCUGCUGUUGUUGUUGUGAGUGCAUUCAACGUACGAGGGUGGUGAGUUCGAAAUUCCCAGCUGCCGACAGACAAAUAAACAGACAAAAAGAGCAUCACGAAAUUAAAGGGAAAAAGAAGACAAGCCAGAAAAAUCGAAACACAAGAAAUAGACACCGAUAGCCGAUUCAUGUUUUUUCAUAUUUUCAAUACCAAAGUAGAAAAGAAGAAGAAAAAAGGAGAAACCUCCAAAAAAAAAAUUGGAUACGAAACGAACAUCAUAAAUAAGUUGCGAUAGGAUAACGAGCCCUUGAUGGCAUAAGACGAAACAUAGCCGAUAUAAUAACAAAGUCGAAGAAUAAUACAGAUUUGAAACCAGAGAGCCUAGAUACGACGCUUGAACAAAACGCAUUUGGUGAAUCGGAAACGAGAGAAACGCAUUAGCGAAGCGCGGCUCACCAGAGGACUAAAACACAGACUAAAAAGUGACACACAAAUCAGAGGAGAAAGAGAGAGAGAGACAGAGAUAGAAAGAGAACAAAUCGUCCGACUUCGAACGAAAACAAACAUUAAUACGGAUAUUCGUGACGUUUGUACGAUACAUCUUCGACCCCCAGCACCACUAUACACAUAUUCCUGAAUAGACUGCAACACAUUAACAGCAUUUUAAACAUUUUCGGCUGUGCCGAAACCUUUCGAUAAAAGAUUCUUAGAAUCAGACUCAUAAAAAGAACAAAAAAAAGAAGAAGGCACAAGAGGAGAAACAAAACAAGCAAACACAUUUUUACCAUUUUCGUCUGUGCAAGUCGAUUCGAUUCGAGAUAAAUUUUCUUCUCUCGGGGUUUUCGUUUUCAUUGUGAUUCGAUUAUAUUGACGACUUGUUACAAGUGCAUUGGGUGAACGAAGGAGAGCGCAUCAGCACACCAGCACAGACACAGACAUAGAGAAAGGAAGGGAGCAGCCAUAAUCCGAACAUCAUGUCUUCAAGAAAUAUACCUGCUGAUAAGAUAAACUUGCGUUUAAUUCUCGUGAGUGGAAAAACAAAGGAAUUUCUGUUCAGCCCUUCUGAUUCAGCUGGCGAUAUUGCACAAACAGUAUUCGAUAAUUGGCCCGAAGAUUGGGCAGCUGAAGCCGUACCAAAAGCCGAAGUACUACGAUUAAUUUAUCAAGGUAGAUUUUUACACUGUAAUGUGACGUUAGGAGCGCUAGUUCUACCAUUGGGAAAGACAACAGUUAUGCAUCUAGUGCCGCGUGAUAACCUUCCUGAGCCCAACUCUCAAGACCAACGGCAAAAAAGUAAGAGCGGUUCUAGGCGAUGUUGUGCGGCGACCUGCUGCAUCUUGUAACACCCUUUCGUAAUAUAUCUCUAUUAAUAAGCAACAAACAGAAAGAUCACUACUUAAUGUUAUACAUAGAUUCUUCUUAAUCUUAAUACUUUGAAUUCGAAUUAAUUAAAGAGAAAAAAAAAACAAACAAACUUCUAGCUACUGAUGGAAUAGAGUUAUGCAUUAAACACUAUCAACAUUUUGAUUUUACUAAACAGACACAAGCGCAAACUGACAAAGUAAACAAAAACCAUACACACAAACCAACAAACCAACAAAAAAGUGAAAUAAAGCGUAGCGACUAGAUGAUAACAUGUAUAAUGUGUAAAGAAAAACAAAACAAAAAUAAUAAUAUUUAAUAGCUGAAUCGAUAAUUGUUGAAUUCUUGUGUCUAAAAUGCAGUUUCCAAAUUAUUGCGCAAUAUUCUCAUCUCACUUAUCGCCGAUAAAUUCCCAUAACUCUUCAAGUCCUAGUUGUUCGAUGUCAAAUACUAACUGGAGAAAGAAAAUAAACAGAAAAACUAUUUACACAGCAAUAAUGAAAAACUGAGGCCCAACAAACACACUGAUCGAAUACCUAUAACAACGUUUGAGAACGAUAGAAUUUACAGUGCAUCGAAUGAAAAUGGUUUAGAAAGAAUGAAAAUACACCGAUUUGUGAAGUCGCAAAUGAAAGCCACAUCUUUCAAUAAUUCUUUUUUGUUUGUUUUUGCUGUAGAAGCGCAGUGCUACCAUAUAUAAAUUCGAUAUUUUUUAUUCACAAACCAAAAGACGGGCUUUUAUUUUCGGCUCUGCAUUCACGCUUCACUUAUGUAGAAUAGCUGAAAAGAAGAACAAUGUAUUUUGUACAUAUAGAAAAAAAACAACAAACAAACAUAAUAAUUUUAAUGUUCUUUUUAGAAUAAUUACACUUAAAGUUAAUAAAUGGGCAAACAGUUUCAUAUUUAUGUGACUUAUCUGAGGAAGACGAAAAGAUACCUAUUAAAAUGCAAACGAAUCCGUGCAAAAA